AGGGGCUAAGAAAGGAGACCAUGUUAACUGGUACAAGUGGAGCGGAGCUUCAGUUACCAGGGUCCUGAGAACCCUCGGGAAAAGGACUGAGUCUUCAAGGAGGCCCUCCUCUCAUCUUUCUUAAAAAUUGCAAGCAAUUCAUUCCUGAUCAAGACAUCAAAACUACUGGAUUCUGGAGCCGUGGAGACACCAAGAAACCAUGAGUGUAAGGCUACCCCAGAGUAUAGACAGAUCAGCCAGUAAAAAGCAGUCUCACCUGUCCAGCCCCAUUGCAGCCUGGUUAAGUAGCCUGUCUUUGGGAGAUUCGGCACCUGAACGCACGUCCCCUUCUCACCACCGCCAGCCCUCUGACACCUCUGAGACAGCAGGUCUUGUUCAACGCUGUGUCAUCAUCCAGAAGGACCAGCAUGGCUUCGGCUUCACAGUCAGCGGGGACCGCAUCAUCCUGGUGCAGUCUGUGCGACCUGGAGGUGCAGCCAUGAAAGCAGGUGUGAAAGAGGGCGACCGGAUCAUCAAGGUGAACGGCACCAUGGUGACCAACAGCUCGCACCUGGAGGUGGUGAAGCUUAUCAAAUCUGGUGCUUAUGUUGCCCUGACGCUCCUGGGCUCUUCACCCUCGUCCAUCAGUGUCUCCGGGCUUCAGCAGGACCCAGCAGGAGCUCCCCGAGUCACCCCUGUGAUCCCACCGCCACCUCCUCCUCCACCACUGCCACCACCACAGCAUAUCACAGGACCCAGGCCUCUGCAGGAUCCAGAAGUUCAAAAACAUGCCACCCAGAUCCUUAGGAAUAUGCUGAGGCAGGAAGAACAAGAGUUACAGGUGUUACAGCCAUCCCAGGAGGCAGGUACUGUCAUCUCCAUCUUAUCGAUGAGGACCUAUGAAAGCUUGCCCAGGUCUACACAGCUACGUAUCUGUGAGGUAUAUAAUCGGAAACCCGCUAGCGAGCUGGAAGAACAGAUGGAAGGUGCCCGACGGCGAGUCUCCCAGUUACAGCUGAAGAUCCAGCAGGAGACUGGUGGCUUAGUGGAUGUACUUCCACUCUGUGGUGACACCAGCCAGAGAACAUCGGAAGGCCGCCUCUCCCUGGAUUCACAAGAAGGGGACAGCGGCUUGGACUCUGGGCCAGAACGCUUCCCUUCCCUAAGUGAGUCAUUAAUGAAUCGGAACUCCGUAUUGUCAGACCCGGGGCUAGACAGUCCACGCACAUCCCCCGUGAUCACUGCCAGGGGGGCUCAGCACCACCGGCGGCAGGGCUCUGAUGCACCCGUCCCACCCGCCAGCAACCAGGGUGCAGAUCAGAGCCCAAAGCCUUUAAUUAUUGGCCCAGAGGAAGAUUAUGACCCGGGAUAUUUCAACAACGAGAGUGACGUCAUAUUCCAGGAUCUUGAGAAACUGAAGUCACGGCCAGCUCACUUGGGUGUUUUUCUCCGUUACAUCUUCUCUCAGGCAGAUCCCAGUCCACUGCUUUUUUACUUGUGUGCAGAAGUUUAUCAGCAGACCAACCCUAAGGAUUCCCGAAACUUGGGAAAAGGCAUCUGGAAUAUUUUCCUAGAGAAAAAUGCGCCUCUGAGAGUGAAGGCCCCAGAGAUGUUACUGGCUGAAAUUGACCUGCGCCUGCGGAGUGGUGAGGACGCGCGAGCCCUUCUCUGUGACGCCCAGGGGGCGGCCAUGCCAGACAUCCAGGAGCAGAUCCUUGACUACAGAACCAAGCGCACCCUGGGGCUGGGCAGCCUGUAUGGGGAGAACGACCUGCUGGACCUGGACGGAGACCCUGCCCGAGAACGCCUCGUGGCUGAGAAGCAGCUGGCUGCCCUAGGAGAUAUUUUGUCCAAAUAUGAGGAAGACAGGAGUGCCCCCAUGGAUUUUGCCGUCAGCACCUACAUGAGCCACGUUGGGAUCCGUCUUAGAGAGAUGCGACCCUCCAGCACCACUGAAAAGGCCCCAUCUGCACCUGACAAGGACAAGUGGCUGCCCUUCUUUCCAAAGGCCAAGAAGCAGAGCAGCAAUUCCAAGAAAGAAAAGGAUGCCUUGGAGGACAAGAAGCGAAACCCCAUCCUCAAAUACAUUGGGAAGCCCAAAAGCUCUUCCCAGAGCACAUUUCAUAUUCCCUUGUCCCCUGUGGAAGUCAAACCUGGCAAUGUGAGGAACAUCAUCCAGCACUUUGAGAACAACCAGCAGUGUGACACCCCAGAACCUGGAGCACAGCGACUCUCGACAGGAAGCUUUCCGGAGGACCUGCUGGAGAGGGACAGUUCUCGCUCUGAGAUUCGCCUGGGCCGCUCUGAGAGCCUGAAGGGCCGGGAGGAGAUGAAGCGGUCACGGAAGGCAGAGAACGUACCGCGCUCUCGCAGUGAUGUCGACAUGGACGCUGCUGCUGAGGCUGCCCGCCUGCACCAGUCAGCCUCCUCCUCCGCCUCCAGCCUCUCUACCAGGUCUCUCGAGAACCCAACCCCUCCUUUCACCCCCAAAAUGAGCCGCAGGAGCAUUGAGUCCCCCAGCUUGGGUUUCUGCACAGACGCCCUCCUUCCCCACCUCCUAGAGGAUGACCUGGGCCAGCUGUCUGACCUGGAGCCAGAGCCAGAUGCCCAGAACUGGCAGCACACAGUGGGCAAGGAUGUGGUGGCUGAGCUAAGCCAGAGGGAGAUUGACCGGCAGGAGGUCAUCAAUGAGCUGUUUGUGACAGAGGCCUCCCAUCUGCGUACACUCCGGGUCCUAGACCUCAUUUUCUACCAGCGAAUGAAGAAGGAAAACCUGAUGCCCCGAGAGGAGCUGGCCCGGCUCUUCCCCAACCUGCCUGAGCUCAUCGAGAUCCACAAUUCCUGGUGUGAAGCUAUGAGGAAGCUCCGGGAGGAGGGCCCUAUCAUUAAAGAUGUUGGUGACCUCAUGCUGGCUCGGUUUGACGGCCCCGCCCGGGAAGAGCUACAGCAGAUGGCGGCUCAGUUCUGCUCCUACCAGUCCAUAGCCCUGGAGCUGAUCAAAACCAAGCAGCGCAAGGAAAGCCGAUUCCAGCUCUUCAUGCAGGAGGCUGAGAGCCACCCUCAGUGCCGGCGGCUGCAGCUUCGAGACCUCAUCAUCUCCGAGAUGCAGCGGCUCACCAAGUACCCACUGCUGCUGGAGAGCAUCAUCAAGCACACAGCGGGUGGCACCUCUGAGCAUGAGAAGCUGUCCCGGGCCCGCGAUCAGUGCCGGGAAAUUCUCAAGUAUGUGAAUGAAGCAGUGAAGCAGACAGAGAACCAGCACCGUCUCGAAGGCUACCAGAAACGCCUGGAUACCACCUCCCUGGAGAGGGCCAGUAACCCUCUGGCGGCAGAGUUCAAGAGCCUGGAUCUUACAACAAGAAAGAUGAUCCAUGAGGGGCCUCUGACCUGGAGGAUAAGCAAGGAUAAGACUUUGGACCUGCACGUGCUGCUGCUGGAGGAUCUCCUGGUGCUGCUGCAGAAACAGGACGAGAAGCUGCUGCUGAAGUGCCACAGCAAGACCGCCGUAGGCUCCUCAGACAGCAAGCAGACCUUCAGCCCCGUGCUCAAGCUCAAUGCUGUGCUUAUCCGCUCUGUGGCCACAGACAAGCGGGCCUUCUUCAUCAUCUGUACCUCCGAGCUGGGUCCACCCCAGAUCUAUGAACUGGUCGCAUUGACGUCGUCAGACAAGAACACGUGGAUGGAGCUUCUAGAGGAGGCCGUGCGGCGUGCCACCAGACACCCUGGGCCUGCCCCGACACCCAUCCAGCCCCCAGCCCAGGGCCCAACCACACACCAGGGCCCCAGGCCCAGCAGGGUAGAGUUGGAUGACUCAGAAGUGUUUCACAGUGAACCUGAGCCCGAGGAGCUACCGGCCAGCGCUGGGCCACAGGAGAGAACCGCCGGGACGCAUCCAGCACUGCUACAGGGCCCUGGGCAGGAGAGCAGUAGAGGAGGCGAGGAACUGCAAGCCCAGCCUCUCCCCGCUGCAUCCCUGGAUGCGGAGACUAGGGGCAGCAGGAGGAGAGAACCCAUCCUCUUGCCCCUCCCAGACCCGCUGUUCAUGGAAGGCCUCGCAGACGCAGCCCUGGAGGACGUGGAGAGCCUCCGGCACCUGAUCCUCUGGAGCCUGCUGCCAGGUCACUCCGUGGAACCGCAGGUUGCCAGGAAGCCCGAGGACGACCUGACACCUACGGCUUCUGUCAGCAGCAUCACCUCUCACCCCUGGGACCCUGGCUCCCCAGGGCCAGCUCCCACCGUGGGUGAAGGGGACGACAGCCAGCUCCCAGGGCCAGAGCAGGAGGAUGCAGCUGGCUGUUCUCUGGAACAUCUGCCCCCAAGGACAAGAAAUUCGGGUAUUUGGGAGUCUCCUGAACUAGACAGGAAACUAGAUGAAGAGGCUUCGAGCACAGAGGCAGCCGGAAGUUACAAAGUGGUGAGAAAAGCUGAAGUGACAGGCAGCGAGGCUGUCCCUGGACUACCAGAGAGUGUCCAGUCAGGGCCUGAGCCACCCGAAGUGGAAGGCGGAGCAAAGGCUGCGGGGAACUGUUUUUACGUCAGCAUGCCAGCAGGACCCCUGGAUUCAAGCACUGACCCCUCAGGGGCACCCAUAGGCCCCUCCCAGCCCAUCAGCCUGUCCGAAUGGCAGACAGAACCUCAGUGCGAGCAGCAGCAGGGCAGCCAUGAGGAUGAAAGACGUCCCAGACGCUCUCCCCCUAGUCUGGCCCUCAGGGACGUGGGCCUGAUCUUCCACACCAUUGAGCAGCUCACUGUCAAGCUCAACAGGCUCAAGGACAUGGAGCUGGCCCACAGAGAGCUGCUGCGCUCCCUCGGGGGAGAGUCAUCGGGUGGCACCACACCUGUGGGUAGUUUUCACACAGAGGCCACCAAAUGGACAGAUGGCUUCCUGUCACCUCCCGCCAAGGGGCCCUUGGUGAAUGACUCCAGGGAUAGCCACGAACUAGGGCCCCCCCCUGAGGAUGGCACUGACACUCCCUUGGAAGACAGUACACCUGACGCGACCAUGUCCCCAGGACUGUAACUGUUGAAGCCACCAAUCUGCUGCAUCCCCAUUCCUCUCGGGACUGGCCCGAGGCGAGGGCAUGCGGGGGGGGGGGGGGGCCCCAAUCUCCUCUCCCCGGUGAAGGCAGUUGAAGAGACUGGGAUCCAGCCGAGACCCUCCGCAUGUUGCUUGGUCUGUCCAGAUGGGAGUUGACUUCCAGUGUCUUUCCCUCCCCUCAACUACCCCUGCAAGGCCCUGCGUCUCCUAAGCAUGCUGAUCGCGUCUGAGCCCCUCGUCCCACGCAGGUGUGUCCGCCUGUAUGUGUGGGUGCCCUCAGACACACAAGGGGAAAAGGAGGCUUCGUAUAAAUGCACUUUUCUCUCCCCCUCACAGGACCCCAAGGCUGAGGUGGGGUGCCUCCACCUCUCCUGUCACUUUGGUUUCCUAUAAAUAUGUAUGUAUUGUAUGUGCAUCUUUGCUAUUGUAAAUAACUUUGACCUUUUUUUCUGUUCCCCGGGGUACUGGCGACUUACAGAAGGGAUGACUGUGGAAAGAGGUUUGCUUGCAUCUGCUAGUUAACAGCCCAGCUCCCUGUGGGUGGAAGGGCUCCUGCUUCCCGCUGACCUCGCCCCAGAGCCUGCUUGGUGCUGUGUGCAAAUCCCUCCCUCUUUGCAUCCCAGAAUUCCCAUCUUCAAGGGGAUUUCUCUCACCCACUCCCACUACCAAAUCUACCCUCCCCACUCUCUCUGUAUAAAAAAUCCAGUAUAUCAGGUACGGAGCUGAAAACUGGGCCCCAGGAAGUGGGGGAGGGGUUUGAAUGCUGGAGUCCCUGAACUAACCAGGAGCAUCCCCAGGGGCCACCACAGCACUGGCCCCCACUACCAUGUCCACUCCUCUUCCUCACUGACGACUAGAAUAUACACACUGUGCUAGGUGUAUAUAUACAUAUAUAUAUAUAAAUAUAUAUAUAUAAUAUAUAAAAUAUAGAUAUGGAAAUGACUGUUUUGCUGUUAAAAUAAUGUAUACUCUUUUA